UCAUUCCAAAUGUGAUCAUUUACCUUCGAAAAUAAUAAAUGUGCAAAUUUCCCCGGUGAUCUCUACGUUUUCUACGGAAGAAUUUCAUCAGCUGUCCGACUCGCUCAUCACCCACCUUCCAGAGGGCUGGAGACCAAGCUCUAGCUUGGGAGAGACCAUCCUACUCCUGCUAUGGGUGUUGACAAUAUGGAGCACCGGGAUAACUGUAAAAAACAGGAUAUACCAAUGGACUAAAAAGAAAGUUGCAAGACUGUCUGCAGAAAGAAACGCUGCCAUGAAUGAAAUUUUAGAUCUGCAGAAAAAGAAAGAAGACCUUGAAGACCACUUCAAAAGCAUGCAGAACACCAUAACCUCCAUCAUGAUGGACAACAGGCUUCUUAAAGAAUCGUGCAAGGCGUACGAGGAGAGAACUUUGGCUUCAGAUAAGCUGAAUCGUGGAUUGAAGAUCAUCAUGGAGAACAAGGUGAAAGACCUGGAAACGGAGGCAGAAAUCCUAAAAAACAGCCUGAAGAUGACUGCCAAACGGCUGCAACAGAGGGAGGGCUUUCUACAGCAGAAACUUGUUCAGGAGAAGAUGCUUCGUCAGGAGUCAGAAGAAAAACUGAACUCAGAAUUUAAAGCUUCUGAACAGAAGAUAAAGAAAAUGAACACGGAACAUGAAGAAAAAGAGAGUUCAUACAAGAACCAGUUUGAGCUACUCAAAAAAUGUUGGACUGACAUGACAACACUGCUGCACUCCACUAAAUUUGAACAUGAGAAGCUGAAGGAAUCCAGCAAGGCCUUCCAGGCAAUGACCGUGAAUUCGGCUAAGGAAAUCUUUAGGGUCAAGACAAUCGUUGAAGAGGAGCGUAGUGCACACCAUGAAGAGAUGAACGCCCUCAAGACCCAGCUAAACAUGGUCACCAUUCAGGCGCAGGAAACGGAGACCACUUUACAGAACACACUUGCUCAGGAGAAGGCCCUCCUCCAGGAGACAGAGGCCAAAUUAAAGGAAACUGAUUUGGAUUGGGAAGAGAAACAGGGAUCAGACAAGGCUCAGAUCAAGGAACUGUUAGAACAUCUGGCAAGCGCAAAACAAAUAGCAUCCUCUGCCAAAUCGGAAAAUGAAGGUCUGAAGGAGUCUUGCAAGGCCUUCCAGCAAAUGGUGAAAGAUUCGACCGAGGAGAUGCUUGGGCUGAAGGAAAACACCAUGCAGGAGCACAGCAUCCAUCAGAAUGAGAUUGAGACCCUCCAGAAGAAGCUUGAGUCAAUGAUCAUCAAGAUGGAUGAGAAGGAGACCGCUUUACUGCAGAAACUGGCUGAAGAAGAGGCCAGAACAGCCCAAGCGAAUGGGAAAUUCGUAGCGUAUAAAGAAGACUUAAUCAAAGUCACUAAAGAGCGCCAACAUUUUCUGAAGAAUGAGAUUAGACAUUUUCAGGGCAGAGCACAGGAUAAUUUGAUGGCUUAUCGAGAUGCUGAGAAUCAGCUAGCCAGGGAAAGGAGGAAGACAGCAGAUCUGCAGAGAAGACUGGAUGCACUGAAUGAAAAGUUGGCUCAAUGUUCCCAGACAUCUUAUUGGGCACUAGGUGAGUUCUGGGCCCCAUUGAAUAGUACAUCCUGCUAUGAUACAGGAUUCCAUUGUGUGGUUGUGUCCCAUGUACUGGGAUACCCACAGAGCAGCAACAAACUGGGCUUAAUCAGCUCUUCUACCACAAGUCAACAGGAAGCCAACUAG